AUGACGCCCCCACCAGAGUACCCCUUUCAACAGGUUGUGGCGGACCUCUUCCAGGUCCACGGAUGCACGUACUUGGCUUUUGCUGAUAGGUUGACUGGUUGGGUAGAGGUGGUGCAUCUGCCUAACGGUGCCGCGUCAGGACUUCUCAUCAAGAAAUUCAGAGAGUAUUUUAUGAGAUGGGGUGCCCCAGAGGAGCUGGCUACCGACGGUAGAACCAAUUUGUCGAGUGAGGAGAUGAAUUUCUUAAGGAGAUGGGGUGUGUCAUCCAGGAUAUCUUCAGCUUUAUAUCCCGAAUCAAAUGGGCGUGCAGAGGCAUGUGUCAAGGUAGCAAAAUGCACCGUCAGUGACCACUUAGGGCCUGGGGAUAGUCUGGAUAUGGAUCAGGUUGUCAGAGCCCUCUUGCAGUAUCACAAUACACCAUUGCAUGGAGAAAAAAUGUUGCCAGCUCAGUUGGCUACUGGUCGAUGCCUGAGGGACUUGGUGCCCAUCGCCCACCAGUAUUACCGAGUAAAUAAAUAUUGGAAGAAAUCUCUUAGGUCUAGAGAAUUGAAAAUAGCCGAAAAGAAUGAGAAGGUCUCGGCAAAAACAGAAAGAAACUAG